AUGAGUCGCGGCCGGAUCGCGCCCCGCCCGGAGCCGACGUGCUCGCCGUCCACGGGCGAGCACUAUGUCGACGCCUCGGGGGGUGAUCUCCAGGUCGAUGUGUUGAACUGGACGCUAGCCAACGACGGCCUCGCGCCCAAGUCGUGGACCGACUACCUCUACUUGUCGGUCGGCAGCACCCUCUCCAACGCCGGCGUAAGCAGGCAAGCCUUUCACCACGGACCUCAGAUCAGCAAUGUCCACGAUCUCGAUAUGGUCACAGGCAAGGACGAGCUGAUAACAUGCUCAGAAGAGCAGAACUCAGAGCUGUUCCAUGGAGUUCUCGGUGGUCAGGGACAGUUUGGGAUCAUCAUCAGAGCCCGGAUUGCACUAGAGACAGCUCCUCACGGGGUGAGAUGGAUCCGAGUACUGUACUCCGACUUCGCGGCCUUCACUAGAGACCAGGAGCUCCUCGUCUCGCUCCACAGCGCCCACCGGAGCGAAAGGUUCGACUACAUCCAAGGCUUCGUCAUCAUUGAUGAAGGCCUCAUCAACAACUGGAGGUCGUCCUUCUUCUCCCCCAAGAACCCUGUUAAGGAUCAUCGCCUCGCCGUCGUCGAGCACGACACGUCUCUCCCUUCCCAUUCCAUCUCCCUCAAGUGCGACGACCAGGAAGCCGAGUUCAUCCACGCGUCCGCCCCCACUGCCAAGGUCUCGGACAUACUCGACUCCGUCUACGUUCCACCAGUCGUGAUCGCGUUCCUCCCACUCAACAGAAUGCUGAGCUACGGCGGCCACCACUUGUCACUUCUCGGCGUCUAA